UGAAAUCAAUAAAAAACAUUUUUUUUAAAAAAAUGAAACAUUACAAAAAUGAGAUAACAUUGAUAUGAUCAUUAUUUCUCAAAACGUGGGGAAGGAGAGAAGAGGAAUUAGGUGUGUCUAUUUGCUUAGGGAAAAUCCUGGAAGGACACUGUCUCCAGAAAAUUGACAGUGGUAAUCUCGGGGAAGGGUAAGCGAUUUCUUUCUUCAGGCUUUCUCUUCUGCAUGUUUCAUACUAAAUGUUAUUUCUGCAGUCGCUGAAAGCGUCGCGUUGCAAUAAAUCUAGCCCUGGCCGUGGUCGGCUUGGUUUGGAGCCCACCGGGAGGCGGGAGGUCGUUGCAGGGCCACGGCGGGGCCACUAGGUGGCAAGAACAAAGGCGAAGUGGGGACGCGUCCGGGUGUGGGCGUCGGGGAGGGGCCUGGGCUGCGUUUCAGGGCGGAGCCUGGACUGGCCGGCUCACUCCCAUCAGGUGCCCAGCCGCGCGCUCUGGCUGAGGGAUGGCUUGGCCGCGCGUGCGGCUGGUGGUGACUGCGGACGACUUUGGGUACUGCCCGCGGCGGGAUGAGGGCAUCGUGGAGGCCUUCCUGGCCGGAGCUGUGACCAGCGUGUCCCUGCUGGUCAACGGCGCGACGGCGGAGAGCGCGGCGGAACUGGCCCGCAGGCACCGAAUCCCCACGGGACUCCACGCCAACCUGUCCGAGGGCCGCCCCGUGGGCCCGGCCCGCCACGGCGCCUCGUCGCUGCUCAGCCCCGAAGGCUUCUUCCUGGGCAAGAUGCGAUUCCGGGAGGCGGUGGCAGCCAAAGAUGUAGCUUUGUCCCAGGUGCGGGAAGAGCUGGAGGCGCAGCUGAGUCGCUUCCAGGAAUUACUGGGCAGGAAACCCACCCACGUGGAUGGGCACCAGCAUGUGCACGUGCUCCCAGGUUGGUGGCGGGGGCUUGCAGAGGCGCUGCAGGCCCAUGGGGUGCGCUUCACACGCCUGCCGCUGGAGCGAGGAUUGGGCGACUGUACUUGGCUGGAGGCCCCCGCUCGCGCCUUCGCGUGUGCAGUGGAGCGCGAUGCCCGGGCUGCUGUGGGCCCCUUCUCCCGCAGUGGCCUAAGGUGGACGGAUGCCUUCGUGGGUCUGAGCACCUGUGGCCGGCACAUGUCUGCUCAUCGUGUGUCAGGAGCACUGGCUCGGGCCCUGGAAGGUACACACACAGGUCACCCCCUGACAGCGGAGCUGAUGGCCCACCCAGGCUACCCCAGUGUGCCUCCCGCUGGAGGCUGCGGUGAGGGCCCCGACGCCUUUUCCUGCUCUUGGGAACGGCUGCAUGAGCUGCGUGUCCUCACAGAGCCCACGCUGCAGACCCGGCUGGCCCAGGAUGGCGUGCAGCUCUGUGCCCUCCAUGACCUAGAGUCCAAGAGACCUGGUGAAGCCACUCUAGCAACCUUCCUGGAGUCCUCCCAACCAUGACCCUGACAGCCAAGGACUAAUGCCUUAGUGCUCAGGGACGUGGCAAGGUUUGAGCUUUGGCACAGCCCACAACCAAACCCAGAGGGGGUUCUGUGACUUCCCUGGCAGAAUGAUGCCACCUCUUUGCCCAGAUCCUCAUGCCUCAGUGUGAUAGCCAGACCUUUGGCAAGCCCUUUGGCUGCAGGUGGGUCAGCCUGUGAUAUCUCAGCAUGGGGCCUGCCAAACAUUUUCUGCUCUUCACAUUUCUACGUAAGCAUCGUCUUUGUUUAGGCGUAGUGGGGAGAGACCACUAUAUUAAUAAAAUAAUGUGUCUUGUAAAAA